CACACACACACCUUUAACCAGAGAGAGAUAAGAGGAGUCAGAAGAUAAAUACUCUUACUUACUCUCAAAUCUCAAGUGAUACACGCACACACACACAUUGCCAGUCUCCACGGCUUCUGCAGCCCACAGGCAGAUGGCAGGGGGUGACAGCAGUAGCGGAGGGGCCGGUGUGGUAACGACGGUGGUGCUGCUCCUCGUCAGCGUGGUAACAAUGUGUGGCGCCGCUAUUUACCUGUAUGUGCACCUGGCUAAGAGGAGGAGGAGGCGUGUGUGGGCUGAGGCGCGCUGCGUGGUAGUUCACUGCCCACCACCAGGGGCGCUGACCCCCUCGAUCUCUCCCUUCGUUUUGAAACUCCUCACCUUCCUUAGACUGGCCAAGAUACCCUACCAGCUGGAUCACUCCGAGCCACUGGGAGCGUCCUGGCUUACUCCCUGGGUCACUAUGGAGGACGGAGAGGAGGUGGCGGACUCUGGCAUAGUGAUACAGGAGCUGCGGCGAAGACUCAACCUGGAUCUUGGUUCGAGCCUCACUGCGGUGGAACAAGCGGUGGCGAGAACAUUCACUGUGCUGGUGGAGGAACAUUUAUGUUGGUGUCUUCGUGAGUGGCGGAUCAAGAUAGACGGUGGGCGGAAUCUGUUUGAGGGUGCCAGUCCGCCACCUUGGUACAUGCGGGCAGGACUGCGUGUGUAUGCAUGGAUGCGAACUAACACACUCUGGCACCAGGGAAUAGGUCGCCUGCCACACCUGCAAGUUAGGAAGCUUACCUGGCGUGACCUGCAAGCUCUAUCUGAUUACUUAGGUGAGAAGAGUUUCCUGGUGGGCGAGGAGAUGACCGAGGUUGACUGCACAGUGUUUGCUCAGAUGGUGAAUAUUUUAUGCAACUACAAGCGGUCACCUUACCACGCCAUGCUGACAGAUGAGUUCCCUAACCUGGUAUGCUACGUCAAGAGGAUUAAAGAGAGGCUCUGGCCAGAUUGGGACGCCUGCCUUGCCUCCUCUUAGAUGUACGUUACUCUAGGAUGCUGCUACUUACUCUCCUAGUUAUAAUAAUCCCCUUCACACAUUUAUUGCUCUUCUUACAUGCCCAUUCUCCUCUUGUUCUCCGUAUUCUCCAUAUGUUUUUAUCUUUGAUGCUCCUAUUUUAUUCCUCUUACCCUAUGCUUGUUUUCAUUGUGGUUUGUUUAUAAUACUGAACAUAUUUGUUGUUGUGUUGCUUUCAUUUAUAUAUAUUUUAUCCGCUUAUUCCUUUUGAAAUGUUCCUCUUACUCUUGUUCCUUUCAUCUUGCAAAUGUUUAAUUGGUGUUAAUAAAGCACUCUUGAUAU